AUGGCGGAGUACCUCGCCUCGAUCUUCGGCACAGAGAAAGACAAGGUCAACUGUUCGUUUUAUUUUAAAAUUGGAGCUUGUCGCCAUGGAGACAGAUGUUCCCGCCUACACAACAGACCAACAUUCAGCCAGACCAUCUUGCUACAGAACCUCUACUUGAACCCACAGAAUGCAGCCCUGACGGCAGACGGAUCUCACAUAAUGCUGGAUGAUGUGCAGGCACAGCAGGAGUAUGAUGACUUCUUUGAGGAGAUUUUUGUGGAGCUGGAGGACAAGUAUGGAGAGAUUGAGGAGAUGAAUGUCUGUGACAACCUGGGGGACCAUCUCGUUGGCAAUGUCUACGUCAGAUUUCAUAAAGAAGAAGAUGCAGAGAAGGCGGUUGGGGAGCUGAACAACCGCUGGUUUAACCAGAGACCUAUCCACUGUGAGUUGUCUCCAGUGACUGACUUCAGAGAAGCUUGUUGUCGCCAGUAUGAGAUGGGAGAAUGUACUCGUGGGGGUUUCUGUAACUUCAUGCACCUGAAGCCAAUCUCCAGAGAACUGAGGAGACAGUUGUACGGACGUAAGGGACACAAGAAAGGAAGAUCUAGGUCAAGAUCACCACCUACCAGCAACAACCGCAGAGAGUCCAGAGGCAGCAAGGAACGAGAUGACCGCAAGAAUCCCAGAGAGAAUGGGCGGCCUGAACGUCCACGGGAAGACCGAGGAGGAGACAGGGGCGGGGACCGGGUCAGAGAGCGUGGCGGUGACAGAGAGAAGGACAGGGGUGGGGACCGGGGCAGGGAGCGUCGCAGAUCCAGGUCUAGGGAUCGCCAUGGCAGAUAUUAA